UCCACCACUUGAACAAUUCGCCAGCAAGAGGUUAAGGCAGCGGGAAGAAGAUGGCAAAAAUCCCCCUCAUACUCUCCAUUUAUCUUCUGGGAGCUUUUCUUGGUGCUCAGAGUGAAGUGUUCAUUGAGAACAAGGAGGCAAACGCAGUCCUGAGCAGGCAAACGCGGGCCAAUUCAAACCGACUGGAAGAGGUUAUUCCUGGGAACCUUGAGAGAGAGUGCAUGGAAGAAAAAUGCAGUUUCGAGGAAGCACGAGAAGUCUUUGAAAACACAGAGAAAACGAUGGAGUUUUGGAAAACAUACAUCGAUGGAGAUCAAUGUGAACCCAAUCCAUGCAAAAACGGAGCCACUUGCAAGGAUGCAGUAAGUUCCUAUGUGUGCUGGUGCCCGGCUGGGUACGAAGGGAGAAACUGCGAGAUAGACUUCACUUGUGCAAUUAAAAACGGAGGCUGCAAGCACUUUUGCAGGCACGACCCACCACAGAAAGUUGUUUGCUCCUGCGCCGCUGGCUAUGUACUUCACGAAGAUGGAAAGUCCUGUGAACCUGCAGUGCCAUAUCCCUGUGGCAGGAUUACGGCUCCUGAAGCAAAGAGCAAGCUCACCCGAGCCAUAAACAGCUUUGAGCACUGGAACAUCACUGCUGAUGACCCCGACGAUGCUCCUGACGAGGCUCUUGACAACAUCACCGAAACCACCACAGCUGCCACCACGAGAAUUGUACCAAUAAUUAAAACAGGCACCCGGGUCGUUGGUGGAUCAGACAGUAUGAGAGGCGAGGUGCCUUGGCAGGUCUACCUGGUGAACAGUCACAACAUAGGCUUCUGCGGUGGGUCCAUCAUCAACGAGAAGUGGGUCGUGACGGCCGCGCACUGCCUGCAGCCGGGCGACAACGUCACUGCCGUGGCAGGUACAUAUACAAUAUAGCUCAUUUAAACUUGCAGUCAGAGAAAAUUCUCCACUGUAAUUUAUAAGACCAUGAACACGAAGAGCCUAGCUGAACAGCAUACUUAAGGUAACAUAACGUGGAGUGUUUAAAGUUUCAAAUGUUAAAAACCUAAGACUGUACAUUCAGAUUUGCAGAACUAAUCAAUCUCAUAAAUUAAUAAAAGCUUAGAUUUGAAACCAUGGAAGACAAAAAAGAUUAAAACCAUUUGAAUAUGCAACGUGUGCUAUGUUCGAGACAAAUAUUUACAUUUGUACCUCAAAAUGUGUACUGUUACCACAAGAAUUGUUGCCACUAUAAACAGCCCCAACAGUAACAUAAGAGAAUCCUAUUUUUUCCACCUAACAAAUGCAUCGUGACCAAUUUUAACAUAGACGGAAAUAUCCUUCAGUGACUUAAAACCUUUCUGUUACGAUUUCCAGUGACUGAACAAUACUGGGAGCUCUCUAGGACUUGCAGUGAUGCUCAGUUCAAACUCAGCUGGUCACGUUUUUGGCGAUACAGGAGGGUCACCCACAAUCCGGACCACCCAAAUUGGGGAAAUGCCCACAGCUGUAGGGCAGGGUGGUAGGAACCUACCAGGCAACGACAGCCGUGAAGUAGUUCGACAAUUCCUCUGUAUAAGAAUGGUGACCCCCAAAAAAACCUCCAGUAUGUCUUAAUGUAACAACUUGGUACUCCAGCUAAGAAUUCACGGGUCACAAAUCAAAGUCAGAUCAUAAAGGUCCCACAUUUGUCCAGAGUAGAAAACAUUUCAUUUAGACGGGAGAGAGCAAAUUCACUACCACAUGCAUACUAUUAACCCUGUUUUCAACAUAGUCAGAUGCUCUUUUGUACACAUCUGUUCAGAAGUCAAACCACCUGUACCUAUGUACUACAAAAGCAAAGCUAGACAAAGAAACACAAAAUUAAAUUAAGAAUGUUCAAUAUUCUUUUUCUUCCUCAAAAAUUCCAUAGAUAAUCUAGAUUAUCAUUAAAGAUGCUGAAAAGUACAGUCUUAUCAAGAACAUCCUUAGUGCAAACAUGGACAUUUAACUUGGAUUUAUGGCACAUGUUCCAAAAGUACGUACGUUUAAUGUAAACUUCAACACUUGCUAGAUACAGGUUGUAGCCUUGGAACACUUUGGGACCCUAAAGUGAUUCGCGACAACCCUGAGUUGUCAGUUUGACCUGAUCCACACCUCACUGAAAUCAAUGGACUGACUGCAAUGGGCUGGAAUCAGACCCUAAGUGCAAAAAGAGGAUCUUUAGCGUUAUUGCAUCUUCACGUGUGAGUCAGCCAGAUGAUGCUCUUACAGAACAUUACAUUCAAACAGCUGACGUAGCUAUUUAAGAAAAAUCCA